GUAGCUUGUGAUGACCCACUCCUUUGAAGACUUUGGUCCGGGUGCAGCGUCGCAGCCGCCGCUCUACACGUGUCUCACCCCGGAGGAGUCCCUGAGGAGAUCCGGAUCCUUCUUUAUAUGAAUCUCAGACUGGAAGGGAUUUGAACAGCCCGGGCUUCACAGUUCGCGGGUGGCCCAGAAUAGAGUCUCCAAUCCGGGGAGAGGAAAUUCAUGUGUGGAUCCGCAUGUUGUAGAGACUUCACCCUGUGAUUAUGAACCAUUCACGUCAGCAUGAGUGACAUUUGAGACACUUCGUUUUGAGUUGAAGCCGAUUAACGUGUAUUUCUAAAGCCUGGUUGCCCUUAGCGUGUGACUCCUUUGCCCAUGAGACCCGGAGAGUCUCCGCCACGCUCACUUGUCCUUCGCGGUGCUCUGACCCGCUGCACUUGGGUUUGAAACUUUGUUUUAGAGACUAUUAUGAUCGAGAAACAAGCGCUGGAAGAUCCUAAAGUGAACCUGGAGGAGCUCAAAGAGGAGCAUGUCCGGCAGGAGGAGGCGGUGGAGGCGUCGCUGUGCGCCGGGGAACCCAAGCUGAAGGACGGGCAUGAGGAUCCGCGGAGCACCCGGCUCUACCGCCGCCGCUGGAUGAUCGUGCUCCUCUUCAGCUUCUACUCCCUGUCCAACUCCUUCCAGUGGAUCCAGUACGGCAUCAUCAGCAACAUCUUCAUGAAGUUCUACAACGUGGACGCCUUCACCAUAGACUGGAUGUCCAUGAUCUACAUGCUGACGUACAUCCCCUUCAUCUUCCCGGUCACCUGGCUCCUGGACAAGCGGGGGCUCCGGGUCAUCGCGCUGGUGGCCACCUCGCUGAACUGCGCAGGGACGUGGAUCAAGGUGGCCAGCGUCAGGCCCGACCUGUUCGCCGUCACCUUCCUGGGCCAGUUCUGCUGCUCCCUUGCGCAGGUGUUCAUCCUCGGCAUGCCGUCCAGGAUCGCGUCGGUGUGGUUCGGAUCCGAGGAGGUGUCCACCGCCUGCUCCAUCGGAGUCUUCGGGAAUCAGCUGGGCAUUGCCAUUGGGUUCCUGGUGCCUCCCAUCCUGGUGCCUAAUGUGGACGACUUGGACGAGCUGGCUCACCACAUCAGCAUCAUGUUCUACAUCACAGCAGGAGUGGCGACCUUACUCUUCAUCCUUGUUGUCUUUGUGUUCCAGGAACGUCCCGAGCUCCCCCCGACUCAGGCCCAGGCCACAGCUCGUAGCAUCCCACCGGAGCAGUACUCCUACACUGCCUCCGUCCUCAGGCUGCUGCGCAAUAGGCCCUUCAUCUUCCUCAUCAUCACUUACGGUCUGAACGUUGGAUGUUUCUACGCUGUUGGCACCCUGCUCAACCGCAUGAUCAUUGAGCAUUACCCUGGAGAAGAGGUGAAUGCUGGGAGGAUCGGCCUCACCAUUGUCAUUGCAGGGAUGGUCGGCUCUCUCAUCUGCGGCAUCUGGUUGGACAAGACUAAAACCUACAAGCAGACCACCCUUGCAGUCUACUCCAUGUCUCUGGUGGGGAUGAUCAUCUACGCAGCCACACUCAAUCUGGGACACCUCUGGGUGGUCUUCAUCACAGCUGGAACUCUUGGGUUCUUCAUGACAGGCUACCUGCCGCUGGGCUUUGAGUUCGCUGUCGAGCUGACGUACCCGGAGUCAGAGGGAACCUCCUCUGGACUCCUCAACUGCUCAGCACAGGUGUUCGGCAUCAUAUUCACCAUCUGCCAGGGAAAGAUCAUCGAUGCCUUUGGCACGUUGGCAGGAAACAUCUUCCUCUGUGUCUUUCUUCUGAUCGGCACAAUAUUGACUGGUUUGAUCAAGUCUGACCUACGGAGACAAAGAGCUAACCUCUUGGCCAGAGCAGCAGGUCCCACCGACUGCCGUGAUGUGAGCCUGACCACACCUACUAUCAUCAGAGAAGCACAGUUGUAGACCCACACGCACUAACAAUAACGCUUGGAAAAGAACAAAGAUCUUCCUGUUGCAAUGUAACAAACUGACAGUAGAACCGCAUAAUCAGGAAGUGACUUUUCCUUUUAAAGAAGAUUUUAAUGUUUAAUUAUUUUUUUAGAAAAAAGAAAUACCUUGUUCGUAAAAGUAUUUGUUUAUAUUUAACUAUAGAUAUAAAUGCUCUUUCCAAAAUCAAAUCUGUGGAAUGUUUGUUUGUGUCUUGACAAUUUUACCUGUCAGUAUUUUCAGUGUGCAAUUGAUUAUGUACAUCAUAGAUUAAAAGCAAUAAUGAAUUGCCAUUUAAUCUACUCAUUGCAUCAACUGUUGAUUGACAAUUUUUGUAGAAAGUAUUUUGAGGCAAAUAAUUUAUACGACAGCUUAUUGAAGGCUUUCUGAUCCAUUGUGGUUCACAGGGAGUAAAUACUGAUGAUGCAUGUUUGUGCAAUUUUUGUAAUGCCUUUCAUGUUUCCUGCUUAUUUAACAUGAAAUAAAACUGUUUUAUCAA